AUGAUAAUAAUAAACGAAACAAUAAUAAGCAAUUUGUCUGAAGAACACGGUGUUCCAUUAGUUGCUAGUCGUGUUUUACUUAUAUUUUACUUUUUAAUUUUUAUUUUUGGUGUUAUUGGUAAUUCGAUGGUUAUUUAUGUAGCUAUUCGAAAGAAAAAUUAUAGAAAUGUUACCAAUUGUUAUGUUAUUAAUUUGGCUAUAGCUGAUCUUUUAUUUUUAUCACUUUCAAUUCCGUAUACAACAUAUUUAGGUGUGAAAAAUCAAUAUCCAUUUGGUGAUACUAUAUGUAAAAUUUAUACACACCUUGCUUAUGGAUUUUUACAAGCUACUUGUAAUAUAUUAGCUGUGAUGAGUAUUGAUCGGUUUUUAUAUAUUGUUCGACCGAGAUCACAACUUGGAUGGCGUACACCGCAUAAUGCUUUUAUAAUUUGUAUUAUCAUCUGGGCUUGUUCCUUAAUUCUCAUUAUUCCUUAUCAUGUAAUAUCACGUUUAUUAACAUCAGCUAAUACUACUUGUGGAAUGAAUGAACAUGAAAAUUUGAUUGUUUGCUUGUUUCCAUUUUGUUCUUAUUAUGCCAUACCUCUUGUUGUGAUUAUUGUAUGUUAUACGAAUUUGGCACUUCAUGUGAUAAGAACAAGUCGAAAAAUGGUUGGUUAUAUGAACACUAAAAGUUUCAAUCAAACGGUACGAGUGAAACAACGACGAGUAACACGAAUGGUUAUUGUUGUGACACUAGCAUUUGCUAUUUGUUGGUUACCAAUUCAUGUUCUUGAAUUAAUGAAAUGUGGUAAACCACAACUCCUUGGUUCUCUUAUUCAAUCAUAUCCUAAAGUUCUUUAUUCAAUACGUGCAUUUACACAUGCAUUAGCUUAUUUUAAUUCCUGUUUAAAUCCUUAUUUAUAUGCAUUAUUGAAUCGUAAUUUCUGUAUUGAUCUUGCUGAUAUAGUACCAUCAUGGAUGUCAUGUUGUAAGCAGUCUAUUACAGUUGAAAAUGAACAUUAUAAUCAUGGACAAAAAUUAUCAACAGUAAUAUUAUCAAAUCAAAUUUUUCUUUCAAAAAAAUAUGAUGAUCCAGAUGAAGAUGAUAUAGAUUAUUAUGAACAAAAACAAACAACAAAUGAUGCUAGUUGUCGAGUUGAAUUACUUGGAAUAAAAGUUAACAAUAUGUCAUCAAAAUAG